CGUGAUCUAACUAUUUUUCUGCAUUUUUUACUAUCGCAUUGAAUCAAUUUCACAGCGUUUUGAUUAAGAACAAAAAUAGAGAUGAAAUUCCCACUAGAAAACCAGAGGAAACAAGUUAACUGGGACCCAGAACAAGUGGCGGUCCAGACCAACUUGGUCCCUCCCAAAAAGGCCCAGUCUGGCAUGGUGAAGUCAAGUCUAGUCCAGGCCAGUGUGGCAACCAUGCAGAACCCCAUGGGUUGUGACCCGAAGGCCAACGGUCACUGUCCGCUGCCACGCCUGUCCAUCUCAUCCCGCUCUGCCAGCGUGGUGGCCAGCAUGGACGCCAGCUACGACGGCUCUGCUGCAGCGCUCCACUCUGUGAUGAAGUGGAAGACGGUGCUGGCGGUGUUCGUAGUGGUUGUUCUCUACCUCGUUUGUGGAGGUCUGGCAUUUCAGGCCAUGGAGCAGCCGUUCGAGAGCAACCAGAAGACCAGCAUCACUCUGGAGAAGGCUUCCUUCUUGGAGAGACACCCCUGUGUUACUCCUGAUGAGCUGGAGGCACUCAUCAAGCAUGCCAUAGAUGCUGUGAGUGCAGGGGUGAGUCCCAUUGGAGACACAUCCUACAACUCCAGUUACUGGGACUGGGGCAGUGCCUUCUUCUUUGCUGGAACGGUCAUCACAACUAUUGGUUAUGGAAACAUUGCUCCGAGCACAGAGGGCGGGAAAAUCUUUUGCAUCCUUUAUGCCAUAUUUGGCAUCCCUCUUUUUGGUUUCUUGUUGGCGGGGAUUGGGGACCAGCUGGGAACCAUCUUUGUGAAAAGCAUCUUGAGAGUUGAGAGGAUAUUUAGGCAAAAACACAAGCAGAUCAGUCAGACUAAAAUCAGGGUAACGUCCACCAUCCUGUUCAUCCUGGCUGGCUGCAUCAUCUUCGUCACCAUCCCUGCUGUCAUCUUCAAACGCACCGAGGGCUGGACCACACUGGAGGCCAUCUACUUUGUUGUGAUCACUCUAACCACAGUGGGAAUAGGAGACUAUGUGGCAGGUGGAAACCGUAGAAUCACCUACAUGAAGUGGUACAAGCCGCUGGUAUGGUUCUGGAUCUUAGUGGGUUUGGCGUACUUUGCCGCCGUCCUUAGCAUGAUUGGAGACUGGCUUCGAGUGCUGUCUAAAAAGACCAAAGAGGAGGUUGGGGAGUUUAAAGCUCAUGCAGCUGAGUGGAAGGCAAACGUACGAGCAGAGUUCCGUGAAACACGGCGGCGCCUGAGUGUUGAGAUCCAUGACAAGCUCCAGCGGGCUGCCACCAUCCGCAGCAUGGAGCGCCGUCAGCUGGGCCUGGAGCAGCGAGCUCACUCCCUGGACAUGCUGUCUCCAGAGAAGAGGGCCAUGUUCGCCAGCUUGGAUGCUGGCCGCUUCAAGACUUCUUCCCAGGAGAGCAUCGACACCAAGCUGAACAACCUGAGGCUGAAGGGCGCCUGUGAGCUGUAUGACCAUCAGGGGAGUGAGCAAACACAGCAGACGGCGUCUUCGUCAGAGGAGAAUCUCUUCAACCUGCGCUUCGGAUCCCUCACCAAGCUGGCCAGACGCAAUAAGAGCCGUGAGCUGCGGAGGAACAUUCCUGAAGAUAUUCGACGGGCAAGUGUAGGCAUAAACAAUGGCAGCGCCAUGCUGGGUGAGGAGAGGACGGAAGAAGGUGAAGAAGAUGGGGAUCCAGAUGAGGAAAACAGAGAAAGGAAAGAGGGCAACACCAGUCUGGCAAACCUGUCACAGUACACUAUGGAGCGUGCCAAGUUGAAUGGGUUCAUACCAACACAGGCCAAAGAUAGCGAGAAUGACUAGGUAUUUAAUGGAUGAACACCUCAGCCACAGACAGAGAGAAACAGAGUGAGAUACUCAGACAGAGUCAGAACGAGAGUGCAUGACCCUUUGAGAUGUCAAGAUUUGUGCCUUUCUGUUUCCUAUGCUCAGUUUGGAACUGCUCCCAGGAAACUCAGUCAUCGUGCCAUAGCCAUGGGAAGAAAAUGUAUUGCCAAAAAUGAACAAAACAGAAGAGACAUAAAAGGCUGUCGUUAAAAUACCUCAUUUUGGCUGGGCUACUUGAGAACUUCUACAUGAACUAUCUUGUCAGCACUGUUGUCUUUCAGCUUUCACGGCUCUUACUGUAUGAGACAUUUGAGAAACGGCUGUCUGGUAAUGUUGAAUCUUAUUUUUUAACAAUGUGGGCAGGACUUCCAGAGAGCUAGAUUCAUGUCAUCCAUCUUCAGAAACAUUAUCGAUCUGCGCUUUGUCAUCUCAUACUGUGGUGGCUAUUUUUAGCACAGCAGACUGCUACAAAAGGACUUCAAUGUUCAAUGAAUGGAGGUUGGGAGGUUGUGUUUCUACUGGAUCAAUAGACAAUACAAGCAUUUACCUAGCUGACUUGUACAAUUAUUCCUACAUUGUAUGUGGCUUUGAAAAUUUAGCCUUGGGGUAUAGCUACUAUAUACUAAGAGCUCAGCAGAAAAAAAACAAAAACAAA